GUGUACACAACGUAGACACAUUGAUUUUAAAAAGGGAGCUUGUCGUCGUUCUAUAGAGAUGGAUCUAGCAAUAAUUUGUUGCCCUACUGCACUUCUUUUUUCCCCAUGGCAUAGCCUUGCGGAAUUUUUAACAUCUAAAUCCCAUGCAAAUUUCGACGUGGUUAGUGUUCAUUUGUCGUCGAUUCAUGUCUCGUGCUAUAUAUAUGUGUCUCUUUGUAAGUUUGUGUUUGGGGAAGGAACUCGAUUCUUCUUUUGGAGCACAUGGGGAUCGGGUUUGGAGGGGAGCAUAUCGAUCCAAAUAAUGCAUUGGUUACUAGUGGUGUUGGUUCAAUAGAGACUAGAUGUGAGCCUCCAUGAAUUUAUAAGGUUACAUAUAUGUAUACGUAGAGCCUAGAGGGUCUCAUAUAUAGUAGUAUUGUAAUAAUUGACAUCGCGGUUUUCGUGUAUUAUAAUACUUGUACUUUUGAAAUUCUACAAACAGGUGGUCAUGACGAAUGACGAAUUUCAAGUCGAUGUCUAAUGUUCGUCGUAUGUUUAAUAGUAAAACUAAAUAUGUAUUUGAAACUCACCUAAUGUAGUUGGUCGGUAUCCAAAAAAAUUUAAUGUCUCCUUCGUAUCAAAAUAAAUGAUUUCAUUUCCUCAACUACCAAUCCGACACUAAACGGAAUUAAAUGGAACUCUAUGAACUGGAACGUAAUUUUCAUAUUCUUUAAGCAACAACAAAGCUUUAUUCGAUCAACUUCGUAUCUCAAUCCAACCCAACAAAAGUCGGUGAGAAAAUUGAUGCACCAAUUCCGAUCUUUUGCAUAUGAAUUUUCUCACUAUAUUUUACGUGGAGUUUUGCCACUAAUAACACAAAAAUUACAACCAAGGUGGACCUCGAAUUCAUGUUUUCAAGGAAUGAGAGUUCGGUUUAAUUAAUAGUACCACAACUGCUUCUAAACCAGAAGAUUUCAUAUUCGAAAUUUCCCUUUUCUUUCCAUAUUCCUUCAGCAACAUGUAAAAAUGACAACAUUUUGAAAGUUACUGUCAAGAACCAAUUUGUCCCAAUAACUCGAGUUGUUGGGAGAGGUUCAAUAGUGGAUCAUAUACCACAACACUAACACGCCCCCUCAAACGAAAGCCACUCACAAGGGCUUGAAGUUUGCACAGGUCUGAAGACAAGAAUACCAUGUGCUUAACAAAUGGGAGUCACCGGGAAUCAAACACAAGACCUCUCGGUCACAGAAGGCUCUGAUACCAUGUCAUGAACCAGUUGAUCCCAAUAACUCGAGUUGUUGGGAGAGGUUCAAUAGUGGAUCAUAUACCACAACACUAACACGAGUUAUUGGGAGCAACUGGUUCUUGACAUGGUAUCAGAGCCUUCUGUGACCGAGAGGUCUUGUGUUCGAUUCCUGGUGACCCCCAUUUGUUAAGCACAUGGUAUUUUUGUCUUCAGACCUGUGCAAACUUCAAGCUCUUGUGAGUGGCUUUCGUUUGAGGGGGCGUGUUAAUGUUGUGGUAUAUGAUCCACGAUUGAACCUCUCCCAACAACUCGAAUUAUUGGGAUCAACUGGUUCAUGACAGUUACUACAGGAAAAAACACCAUCACCGAUCUCACUAUACUAAGUCCAAUUGGUCCAAUGAGUCCAUGCCUUUCAGAUUGAGUCAAAAUAAUUUUUUCCUUCUAUUCGUUUUCCUCCUUCAAACUCACAGAACCACCAACAAUAACCUAACUACGCGUGCAAACGUUGUCGGAUUUGGUUUUCCUCUCUUUUGGUGUCGGCCCACGUUCGGACACGUGGUCUUGACUCAAAUCUGCGUCCUCAAAUCCCCCAACUUGGCUUUAAUAGAGUAGAAUUUUGUGGCAACUAGUUUUCAGUCGUAUUAUAUUGUUGUUUAUGAGAAGUGACUUUGGACAGUAGCCAGGGUGUUUAUUCGGGUUCGGUUUUUCGGGUUUACCCAAAACUAACCCGAUUAUAUACUUUUUUCAGUUUUUCGGGUUCGGGUUCGUUUUGGGUUUCGGGGUUUUUGGUUUCGGGUUCGGUUUUGCUUAUCGGUUUUUCGGGUUCCGACUAAAAACCUCCAAUGAAUAGAACUCAGGCCGUAUUCUUAGGCGUUCGGGUUUUUGAGUUUUGGUUUUUCUUUAACCGAACCCGAUAAGAAAUUUUCGGGUUUCGGAUAACCGAAACCCGCAAGUCCUUAUCGAGUUCGGGUACGAUUUCAGUGAUUUUCGGUUUGGGGUUUUCGGAUUUUUUCGAUAUUUCGGUUUAGAUAACCGAACCCCACCCGAACCGACACCUAUAAAUAGUAGUAGAUAUUUGGAAACCCAAAACUUGGUUCAAUUGGAGGAAUUCAACUGAUUUGGACUUGAACAAUCAUAAUCACAACAAUAUUAUAUUUGUAAUUUAAUUAUAAAAACAUUAUAUUCUGUUGAUUCAUCACGUGGAAAAAAGAAGAGAUGGAUGGCACUUGUCUUUGGUGGCUGACAGCCAGUGGCCAGGAUGGAUGGGAGAAAAAAUAAUAUCCACCUGAUGAUCCCCCACCAUUUUCCAUUAUAUUGCAUAUGUUUUUAAAUAUUUUCGCUAAUAAAUUGAUUGAUGAUGGUGUCAAAUUUAAGACCAACACAAAAUUUAUGUGGUAUCCUCAAAGAGUAUCGUUGAGAUUAAUUCAUGGAGAGCAACAAAUUCUUAUAGAGUCAUUCGUAUUACCUGAGGAUUCUUAUCGUACAAAAUUAGCUAUCACAACCAUAUAUUCCCUAGCAGCACAACCCUAUCUCACAUAGUUAUAAAUAAUUAACACAGAAUUAAUGACUAAUUACAACUAACUACAUAUUACUUGUAACAUAUCACGGGACUCAACUAAAAAUGAUCAUCCAAAAGUCCUCACUCCUCACUCAUAUGUAUCGUGUACGUCAGUGACCGUACCUCAUGUUUUAAUCCCCUUGUAUUUUGUAACUUUAUAUUCUUCUCAUACCAGCGAAUCCAGGUUCUCCUCUUCCAUUAGACGUAUCUAACACAUGUUUUCGUCGGUGAACCUAUGAAAGGAGCCUCCAUAUUCGGCUCUUUUCGAAAUGAAGAAGCUAAAAAUUUAGUUUCAAAGAUUUAGAUUCGGGAGGAGACUGAAGUCUUACCAUCUACUCCAAUUUUUUUUUGAAUCUAUUACAAAAAUUUAUAUGUAAAUUCCUCCUACCAAGCAACUAACUAAGCUUAAUUUGUACAACAUUAGCCACACAAGUGACCCUAGUAGUUGAAAUAGUAAGAAAAUUGUGGGUUUCAAAAACCUCAUAACUAAAGGAGGAGAAUAAUUCAGUAGAUUCCAUCAACCAUAUUAAAUAGAGCCACAUAGAAGAGUAAUUACAACAUCAAUAUAUCGUUCUCAUCAUCCCCAAGGGCUCGAAUCUUAACGAACAAACUGACAACCCCAACUGAAAUAAAACUGCCUUAUCAUUGGACAAUAACCUCACCUGAAACUUUCGGUUUAUGCCGGCCCACCACUUUUCCCGAUAUUAAAAUGCCACCUGACAGUGGCCGGCCGGCGGGCCUCUUCCUCAUUUCCCCCCGCACUUAAUGAAGCUGGAAUCUAAUCUAUGGUUCGUCCUUAAUUACUAUGGCUGUGGUUGGUAAACUGGUGCUUGAACAUGAAGGACGUUUGCUUUAUGGCGUUGAGGAUGUUGAUAUAUAUCGUGCCACAUUCAAAUAAUUAUAAGAGGGAAUAAAACCAUUCUCGGAGAUUGUACAUAAAAAGUUUUUUCGUGAUAUUAUAUUCUAUGUUGAAAUUGUGGUUUAACCAUAGUUCAGAUGUCACAUACCGCUAAAAAAACGUCUGUUGAUUUAGAUUUCCGGUAGGUGGUUUCAGGUUGGACCACCCAGUUCGGUACAAUUUUACGAAACUUAUUGUUAUAGAGGUGACAUAGAUUGAUAUUUUUAGUUAAAUCACUCAGGUAUAUAUAUUACGGAAGGAUUUGAACAUGGGACUUCCAGGUUAAACUAGUAAAGUUACCAUUAGAGACAAACCCUUGUUCAGUACGAUUUUACAAAAUGUAGAGAAAUAUAACCAUGGUUCAACAGUUUCAACUGGCCUAUAUAUAUAUAUUUGGACUCCAACAAAUGAUUUUUUUUUUAAAUCGAACCACCGGUACGAGGCAAACACGGAUUAUUCAACAAAAAGACAAAGAAUACUAUCUAUCUGACGGCUAGAUCAUAGAUUACAUGCAUGCAAGCACGCGAGUCCGCAGCCUUUUGCGAUUGAGACCUAUCCUCUAAGUUCAUCCUUAUCUGCGCAACGAUAACAAUGUAAUCAUCAUUGCAAAUCGUAAUCUUCUAAUCAAGAUCUUCCACGAUGACAUCAUGAUUGCAGUAAACCUCCCCAUAUAUAUAUAUGUUUUAUUAUCCUUUUGCACGUAGAUUAGAUAAACGCAUCUGUAUGAUAUUUGUCCAUAUGCCUGCAUUUUCAAAAAUAAUUAAGCAAAAUAGUAUCAUUCAGGUCGGCAGAUAUAGCAUCAUUUCAAGUGAUCCGAACGCCACUAACUGCAUACACAUAGAUUCUCUAAUAACCGAAAAAACGUUUCGAAAAUAUAAACGAAGCCGCGUACAAGAGAGAUCAACGUACGAUUCUUUAUGCGGUUUAGGGUUUAGAGAUUAGAGUUUGCACCGAUCGAGAAUUUAGCGUAAAAUCAAAUGGAAUAACUUCAGCCGAUCCAAGAUCGUUAUCACUGGAAUAUAAUAAUUGAAUAGACGUGUUGACAUUUGUGUCUAACUAGCUAGCCUAAUGUGUUUAUAACUUAUAUAUUGCAUCGCUUUUUUAUCUUCAUCCGGUAUCCAAAUUGGGUGCUGGAUAUUGGGAUUCAUUAUCAGGUUGAUAAAAAGAAAAAAGGCAAGAAGAAGGAGAAAAAAAAAACAAUAUAAAGAGGGUUUGAGAUA